UCAGCAGGAUCAGAGCUGCUAACGCCAACCAACAUCAGUUACACCGCGGACAGGUUGCGUGUCUCACAAAACCAGGUUGUGGCACAGUUCUUACAUCUUUCUUAACCCAGUAGCAGAAUAAAAGUCCUCAGGAGAGAUUUGAAGGGAGCUCUGUGCCCAACCCCUUUCCCUAUACAGACUUCCGGCCAGUAUGUCCAGUGAUCCUCCUCCUCCGUACCCUGGAGGUCCCAGCGCCCCACUUAUUGAGGAGAAGAAUGGACAACCUGUAAGAAAUGUUCCAAUACAGGGACAGCCCUUGCCUCCAGACUACGGUCCUCCACCUUAUGAGGCCCCACAGCCAGGCUUUCUUCCCCCACAUGUACCUGGAGAAGGGCCCAUGCCCAUGCCAAUGCCUCCACCACCACAAGGAGGCCCCUACCCACCUCCGCCCGGUCACUAUCCUCACCCAAUGCCAGGACAGAUGGGCCCUGGUCCCAGUCACUUUGUCCACAUGGGAGGUCACACAGCGACCGUCCUGGCUCCUCCAGGAGCAGCCACCACUGUGACCGUACUGCAGGGGGAAAUGUUCCAGACCUCACCAGUGCAGACCGUGUGUCCGCACUGUCAGCAGGCAAUCGUCACCCGCAUCUCCCACGAUGUCGGCCUCAUGAACACACUCUUCUGCCUCUUCUGCUUCUUCGUAGGGUGUGAUCUCGGCUGCUGCUUGAUUCCCUGUCUGAUUGACGACCUCAAGGAUGUGACACACACCUGCCCUUUUUGCAAGGGCUAUAUCUACACAUACAAGCGUAUAUGCUAACCACCGACAGCUGUAUGCUACAGAGACGUGUACAUGCACACACAUAAAACUCACAGUUCCUCCUGCUGGUAGUGACAGGCUUUUUUCCUCCCAUUUUUGCAAAGUGUCGUGUAGCCCUCUUAAAUUGUAAGUGCAGUUUUUUCUCAUUAGUUCACGGAAUAUUUACUGUAUAUAUCUUCCAGCAUAAUUCUUUCAUGUGUAAACAUGCAUUUGAAAUGUACAAAUCUCACUGAACUACAGAAGACGUAGGGCACAAAAAAAAACAUCCACAGAGAUGGAUAGGCAGCUUGCACGCAGGUGCAUCUGAUCCGGUAUGGAAACUCUGAGACAAGACCUGUGAUGUUAUGCAUGAUAAAGGUCAAAAAAAUAAUCUGGAUAGACAGCCUCAGUAGGAGAAAGCUGUGAAAAUGGUCAGUUUAUUUAUUUGAAUCAUCUGUGAAUCUUGCUGAGAAGCAGCGUAUUGAAGACAAACAUGCUGGGUUAGCUUUGUUUUGUUUUUUUCUCAUAUUUAUUUCAGAUAUUUUAUCCAUUAUUUUAACAAGUUAAUAUUGAGAACUGUGAACAUUUUUGUCCAUGUAUGAUCAUUUUGGUUCUAACAGAUCUAGUUUUUCCUUUUAUCAUUAUCCCUUUUCGAAUGUGAGCAAACUAACGAACCAUUCGCAGCUCGAUAGACCGACGUAUUUGCUUGUUUGGCGAACGCCCGAGAUUGGUGUUACUUGCUAUAUUUAUUAAUCUUCAGGGCUUCAGUCAGUAGUCACAAAAUGCCGAGUGAUGAACAGUUACCGCCCUCUGUCUAUGAUGUACUUAUUUUGAUGAUAAAGCCAAGAUAUGCACUUUAAGUUGGAAUUCAGUCCCCCAGCCCCCCCUCUGAUGCAUUCAUGAAAACUCUCAACCUCAGCUGUCUGAACUCUUAGCAAUCACAUGUCCUCUCUCUAGUUAAGGAUGUUGGCAAACAAACUACAGUGGUGGCACCACCAUCAUCACAACAUUGUUUAGCCUGUGACCCUCCUAAUGCGGCAUCAGACCUUUAAGAUUACCCGCAUUGCUCAGAUGCAUGUUAGAUGAUAAAUACUGAUGUCUUUUGACUAAUAUCAAAUAGUGACCUCCGCUAGGAAAUAAGCUUCAAAUAAAUGAUUGUAUCAGACAUCCUACAAAACAACAUUGUGAUUCCAUAGAGAUUACUACUAACAACGAAGGAGCAUUUUAUGGCCACCACAGCAUGCCCGACCUGCCGUUCACCUUCACUCACUAAGUGCAGUUUGUCUGCAUGAGCCACACAUCCAAACAAAUAAUUCUCACCGGCUAGUUCCUUGACUCUAUGUGCAUUUGAUUUUGUUUUUUCUUCUUGAGGCUAGCUAAGCUGUGCAAGAAAGUGAAUUUUGAGUUGAAGGAUUGCAUUGAACUUUUAAUACGAAGUACUGUAUGCCAUUGUUGUGGAUAAUGCUGGUCUGCAUUGCUCUCUAAAUGUCCGUGAUAUGUAUAACUAUGUAAGUCAAAAUUUGUUUGACUGUUGUAUACAGGUACUAUUUUAUCAAUAAAAAUCAGAACAUGA